AUGGUAAAGCCGGCAGCCAUGGUUCAGAUUCUUGGCAGGAACUUGCACUUCCAUCCAGGCAUUCUAAACACCCGAUCCAAGGGGUCUCUGCAAUUCUUCGGCAGUGUGACGUACACUUCGAAUGUGAUAUGCUUGUACGUACAACAAAGACCGCCCCCUCCCUUUGUGUCCCGCCGGCUUCUUCGAUAUCAAUCUGUCAUGUCUAUUGCUGCUACUGGGCGUCCAUCUCGUUCCAUCAUCUUUUCGAAAACACUCCAUGGCAACUUGAUGCAUUCAAUCGAGUCGCAUCUCGCACAAUCCCUGCGCGGCAAGGGUACUCGGCGCCUGAAAGCGAUUGAACCGAGUCAGGAGAAAUGA